AUGUAUCUCGGUUGGAUUGAUUAUGGAAUGUUAAUUUUACUUUUGGGUUUUUCGGUGAGUAUUGGUAUUUAUCAAGGUUGUUUUCGAUCGAAACAAUUGACUACAAAUGAAUUUCUUAUUGCUGAUGGAAGAAUGAUGAUUUUACCAACUGCAAUGAGUCUAUUAGCAAGUCUUAUGUCUGCAGCAACUCUACUUGGAAUUCCAAUUGAAAUUUAUUCAUAUGGAACAAUGUAUAUGUAUUGGAUUUUUGCUUAUUUUAUUGGUACUUAUUUAACAGUAAAUCUAUUUAUUCCAAUGUUUCGUCAAAUAGGAAAUUUAAGUAUCUAUGCAUAUCUUGAACAACGUUUUUCAUUAACAAUUCGUAUUGUUAUAACACUUAGUUAUAUGAUAGUAACGAUUUUUUAUAUAGCUGUUAUUUUAUAUGGACCCUGUUUAGCAUUAAGUCAGGUAACUGGUUUACAUAUAUGGUUAACAGUUGGAUCAUGUGGAAUUAUAUGUACACUUUAUACAAGUAUUGGCGGAAUGAAAGCAGUUAUAUGGACUGAUGUUAUACAAACAAUAAUGAUGUUUCUUGGUGUUAUUUUAUCAGUUAUUAUUGGAUUUUAUGAUGCUGGUGGAAUAAAAAGUGUAUUUAAAAGUGCAAUGGACGGAAAUCGAAUUCAAUUUUCAACAACUACAUUGGAUCCAUCAAUUCGAUAUACUGUUUGGAGUGUAAUUAUUGGUGGUGGUUUAUAUGCUACAGCUAUAUAUUCUUGUUUACAAACUCAAGCACAACGUUAUUUAUGUGUAAAAAGUAUAAGAGCUGCACAAAAAGUUGCUUGGAUAAAUUUUUUAAUGUGUACAAUGAUGCUUUUUCUUUGUGCAUCUGUUGGAUGUCUUCUAUAUGCAAAAUAUAAUCAAUGUGAUCCUCUUCAAGCUAAAUUAAUAUCUAAACCUGAUCAACUUUAUCCAUUAUUUAUUAUUGAAACAUUAGGUCGAUUUCCGGGUUUAACAGAUAUUUAUAAAAGAAUAUCAAUUGGAAAUUUAAUGUCAGAUGAAAAACAAGCUUCUAUUUCAAAAAUAUUAUCAUUAUUUAUUGGUUUUCUUGUAGUAUUUUUAGCAUAUGCUACAUCUUUUUUAGGAAAUAAUAUUAUAGUGAUAGUUUUUCAAAUAUCUGGUUCAUUUGCAGCACCAAUUUUAGGAGUUUUUCUAAUUGGAUUUUUUAUACCAAGAGUAAAUAGUCGAAGUAUUCUUAUUGCUUUUAUAUGUUGUUUAUUAUUUCAAACAUGGGUACUUAUUGGUGCUACUUUAACAAUGAAAUCACAAAUAGGAAAAGGUGGACGAUUACCUACAUCCGUUAAAGGAUGUUUGUCAUCGUUAAAUAUUACACAAGUAAUACCAAAAAAUCAAAGUUCAAAUCCUCUGCUACCACUUUAUUCAAUAUCUGUAAUGUGGUAUUCUUUUAAUGCUAUUAUUAUUAUUGUUGUUAUUAGUUUGUUAGGAUCAUUUAUAUUUGGUUCUAAUGAUCCGAAAACGAUAGAUGAAUCAUUAUUGAUAUCAUGGAAAAAUGCAUUUUCAUGUAAUUGGAAACAUAAAAAAUCCACAAACUUAAAAACUAAUGAAGUCAAUACAAUUGAAACACAAACAAUUGAACAAGAAUCAAUUCUUUAG